AUGUCUUACAACGGCAUAGGUCUACAGACACCCCGUGGGUCAGGCACCAAUGGCCACAUCCAGCGCAACAUGUCUUCCAUGCGUCAACGUGAACCAUACAGCGUCUCACAGCGCAGAGAGGAGGCAGCACAAGGACAGCAUCAGGCUUCGCGACGCGCUGAUUUGGGAAUUGUCCAGCAUGAAGCCAAGAGACUCGUUGAAAGUCAAGUGAUGCAGUAUCGCAUACAGCUUGAGAGCCAAGAGGAGGUCCCUGCAGCGCAGCGCAAGACGGAGGAGGACCUAGACAGACUUGUGGACCUCAAACGAAAGGAACUUCUCAGCCAGUCAGCAGCCAGGAAGCCAAGCGCUCAAGAAGCAGGGUCGCGCGGAUGGCAGACACACGGCGAUGCCGUCAGGAAGGAGGCAGAGCUAGAGAAGAUGCGCUCAGUGCUGCGCUUACGGGCAGACUAUGUAGAAGGAACAGCUAUGGCGAAUCAAGACGAACGGCGCAAGCAGAGGAUGGAGCGUGGCCAGGCGACAGAGCAAGGUGAGACUCGACAUCCAAACAAGAUCACGGAGAAGGUCUCAUUCGCGUUCACCUUCAAGGUCAAGCAGCAGACCAAGGCACAGACGCUCGAGACGGCGUUCACCUUCCAGCAGUCGCUCGAGAUCGCGACCACGAUCGCCGGGACCAACACGACGCAGGCAUUCCGAUACAAGCUAUACAAAGCGGUCUACCAGUUCCGAUCAAAGGGCUCGUCGAAGCCACAGACGGCGUUCGCCUUACUCCUCUAG